AUGUUCUUUCCCAUUUUCUUCCUCUUUCUCCUCCUUCCUUCACUGUUCAAGCUUUCACAUUGCACAACAAUUCUAGUAGAUGGAUCUUCAGAGUGGAAGAACCCUAUUGUUUCCAUUGGUGAUAACAUCAUUUUCAAGCACAAGCAACACUACAACCUCUACAUUUUCAAGAACCAAGAAGCCUUCAAGCUCUGCAAUUUCACACAAGCCACUCUCCUCACCAACCCGAACACUACCUCCUACACAUGGCAUCCAUCUCGCCCUGGUUUCUUCUACUUCACCUUCCACAAUGGCUCACUGAAAGCAUGCCAAGGUUCUGAAAAGCUAGCCAUAAAGGUUGCUUCGGCAGCAGAACAGUCUCCAAUGGCAACACCAGCGCCUUCUUCUGGUGGAGAGGUGCCAUCUUCCCCUUCAUUUCCAUGGCCUUUUCGUCCUCAUCAAGCAGCAUCACCAGGUCCAGCACCACAAGCAAGUUCACCAGUAACAGUUCCAUUAGUACCCGACAAAGGUGGUGGCAUGCCCUUCAUUAACAGCAACCCUGCAGUUCCUCUCCCUACUGGCGAAGUUGACUCUGCUACCAUUCGCCCCUUACCCACCUCUGGCCAUGAAGGACAGGUGAUGAUUGGAUCAAUUGGAUUUCAUAUUGCUAUGCACACCAUGGCUUUACUGCUGCUGUAA